AUGACCAGUGAAAGUACUCUAAAAAGGCGACUUAAGGACUAUAAUAUAAAGAUCGGCAACACCUAUUCUAUUAUAGAACAGGGAGAGUUAGAGGACUUGGUGAGGAACAUCACCAACGAAUAUCCAAAUGCAGGAUAUCGAACUGUCAUGGGAGUUUUAUCAUCUAAAGCAUUGUGGCACAUUAAUGGAAAUCAUAAAUUGAUCAGAUGGAGAUUCGUGAUUCAUGGUGGAAUUGACGGGUAUUCUAGACUGCCAGUUUUCUUGAAGGUAAACACUAACAACAGUGCAGUGAGUGUCCUUAGUGCCUUUACAGAAGCUACACAGCUGUAUGGAUUGCCAGAGAGAGUUCGGUCUGACAAAGGAGGAGAGAAUGUUUUGGUUGCUGAAUACAUGGUUCAACAUAAUGGCACAAGGUCUUUUAUAACCGGACCCAGUGUACAUAAUCAAAGAAUUGAGAGACUAUGGCGGGAAGUCUGGACUGGUUGCAAUGCCUUGUACUAUGGACUCUUCUUCUCGAUGGAGGAUGAUGGUAUUCUGGAUGUCACCAAUGAGAGGCACAUGCUAGCACUGCAUCUUGUGUUCAAGCCCAGGAUACAGCAACACCUGGAUAACUUUAGAGAAGCUAUUUAUCACAGGCCAUUAAGAACAGAACGAAAUAAAAGCCCACUACAACUUUGGAUAAGUGGUCAAAUGCUUGAUCCUAAAUGGAAUCCAAAUAAUGAGGAUGAGCUUCAAACCUUUGGUAUGGAAUUUGGUGACCUUAUUCCUGAUGAAGAUAAUGUUCCCGAAGCUGUGGUUGUUCCCGAAAAUGAAGAGAAUGUGGAUCCUCAUGUGCUUGACAAUAUACAAGAGAUUCAUGACAGGAGGUCAUUGAAUAAUGGUAUUGACAUUUAUCAGGAAGUGUUAUCAAUUAUUAAUCAUUAGAAAGAAUUGCAGUUAUUAUCUACCGUACUGUG